AUGGCUCACACCCAGCCGUCGCCCACAGGCGGCGUCACACCUCACCAUGGCCAUAUUGCUGCUCACCCGCAGGUUAAUGGCCACAUGCCUUUGCAGUCGCAAGGCCAGAAGGGUCCUCCCAUGAGCACUGCUCAAAAGAUUGCCGCACUGAAUGAACAGGUGUGGCUUCAAAUUGGUGGCCUAACUGAACUCAUGGGGGAUCUUGACGGCGCCAUGAAUGCGUAUGAACAAGCUUUGCGGCAUAAUCAAUGGUCUAUUCCUGCAAUGAACGCGAUCUCCUGUAUACUACGGACCAAGGAACAGUUCCCAAAGGCGAUUGAGUAUUUGCAGAAUAUUCUGAAGCUGGACCCAACGAGCGGCGAGACAUGGGGCAGUUUGGGGCAUUGCCAUCUCAUGAUGGAUAACUUGCAAGAGGCGUAUACCUCUUACCAGCAAGCGCUCUACCAUCUGCGUGAUCCGAAGGAACCCAAGUUGUGGUACGGUAUCGGUAUUCUUUACGAUCGCUAUGGUUCUCUCGAUCACGCCGAAGAAGCCUUCUCCCAGGUUAUGAGAAUGGCGCCUGAUUUCGAGAAAGCCAAUGAAAUCUACUUCAGAUUGGGAAUAAUCUACAAGCAGCAGCAGAAGUUCAAUCAGAGUCUGGAGUGCUUCAAAUAUAUUGUCACCGAUCCCCCACGUCCUCUUACGGAGGAAGACAUCUGGUUUCAAAUCGGUCAUGUCCACGAGCAACAAAAAGAUUUUGAUUCCGCACAACAAGCCUAUAGACGGGUUCUUGAUCGCGAUCCCAAUCACGCGAAGGUCUUGCAACAACUUGGGUGGCUGUAUCACCAACAGAGCAACAGCUACGCCAGCCAAGAAAAGGCAAUCGAGUACCUUGAGAAAUCAGUUAGCGCAGACAACACUGAUGCGCAGAGUUGGUACCUGCUUGGCCGAUGCUACAUGUCCCAAGCCAAGUAUCCCAAAGCCUACGAGGCCUACCAACAAGCCGUCUACCGGGAUGGUCGGAACCCAACUUUCUGGUGUUCCAUUGGUGUGCUUUAUUACCAAAUCAAUCAGUACCGCGAUGCGUUGGAUGCUUACUCGCGUGCUAUUCGCCUAAACCCUUACAUCUCAGAAGUUUGGUAUGACUUGGGAACUUUGUAUGAGUCCUGUAACAACCAAAUUGCGGAUGCUCUCGACGCGUACGGUCGUGCUGCCGAUCUGGAUCCGACCAACGUCCACAUCAAAGCACGCCUGCAGCUCCUUCAGAGCCAGUUGUCGGGUAGCAACCAGAGCAAUGCCCCGGCUCCUCAACCUCAGGAUGUCCAUCCCCAGGCCUAUCAGACUGGCGUUGGAGGUCCUCCCGCUCCUCAGUGGGGUGCGCCGGCACCGACUGGGGGUCCUCCUCCCCAGCCCCCUGCUCCGCCGAGGCAGAUCGCUGAUUGGAAUCGUGGAAUCAACGAACUUCAAUCUCAGGCUCAGGCCCAGGCGGCUAAUGGAUUUGACCACAGGGAUGCGGUUCGAGCUCCCGCAGCUAUUCAGCAACCCAGCCCACGCCAGGAGCCAGGGAGGGGCUUCCCCGAUGCUGUCCGUCCUCCGCCCACAGCAGCUCGUUCCCCAAAGACUGCAUUGGCCGGCCCAGGCGUGUAUGCGCCUGCACAUGCACUUCCUCAGAUUGCCAACCCGCCUGCGCCGUCUCACGAGCGUGCCCCUAGUGGUGCUGGCGGUUUCCCUUCCGCCACUCGAGGACCGUUACCUCCUGCUCCCGCAGGGCCCCCUCCUGCUCCAGGUGCGCCUAAUGGUGCUCCUACUUCUGGCGGCCCUCUACCCCCUUAUCAUCGCCCAUUCACCCCUCCGACUGAGAUUAGGCCUAUUCGUGAUGAGCGGCCCUCGUCUCCUGGUUCCACUUACCCACACCAGCAGUAUCAUCAUGGUCCUAGUGUGCCUCCUGUACAGGGCGCUGGUAGCACUGGAAUUGCGGGCGGUGCACCCCCACCUCCAUCUGCGAUCACUGCCGCUGAGGCCGCUGCUCGCGAACGUGAAGAUCGUCCCGCCUCUGCAAUGAAGCGGGGCCGCGAGUGGGAAGCCGAGUCCGCACCCGUUAAGAAGAUUGCAAAUGAGGAAAGCCGAGCUCGUCUCGACGAACAGCUUCCUCGUCGUGUCACUCCCCCAAACCGCAUGCCUUCCCCCGGCGAGAUGCAACGUCGCAGCUCGUCUGAAGUUCGACGCGAAGACCAACGUCGUAUCAACGAAAGUUACCAUCCUUCCGAGGCCGCUCAUCACCCUCCAACACUUCCAUCCAUUCAACACAUGCCACAACACGCCUCUGGCUCCGGCCUUCCUCCAAUGGCUGAAGGGUCUGCUCCGGCAGCCAACGGACCACAGCCUGGACCUUCUGCCCCUGUGCAGGUUAAGGAGGAGCCGGCCCGCAACGAGCAACCCCCGGCUCAUGAACCAGCUGCGCGGAAGAUGGACGUGGACGAGAACUAUGAUGAUGAUGGCGAUGAUGAUAAAAGAGCCAGCGCUGCUGUAAAGGGUAGCCCUUCUGCCAGCGGGUCGGGCAAUGCCAAUAAUGCCACCAAUGGCAGCUCCCUUGCCUACCUGCCCCGCAAGCGCGCUGCCAGACACCGUGGAAAGGUCAAGAGCUUCCCCAAGGAUGACCCCAAGAAGCCCGUUCACCUGACGGCCUCCAUGGGUUACAAGGCCGGUAUGACCACUGUUGUCCGUGACCUUGACAGACCCGGUGCCAAGAUGCACAAGAAGGAGGUUGUCGAGGCUGUCACCGUCAUCGAGACCCCUCCCCUUGUCGCUAUCGGUGUCGUCGGUUACAUUGAGACUCCCCGUGGUCUCCGCUCUCUCACCACCGUCUGGGCUGAGCACUUGAGCGACGAGGUCAAGCGCCGCUUCUACAAGAACUGGUACAAGAGCAAGAAGAAGGCCUUCACCAAGUACGCCAAGCAGCACGCUGAGGAGAGCGGUGCCUCCGUCACCCGCGAGCUUGAGCGCAUCAAGAAGUACUGUACCGUCGUCCGUGUGCUCGCCCACACCCAGAUCCGCAAGACCCCUCUUAAGCAGAAGAAGGCCCACCUUAUGGAGAUCCAGGUCAACGGUGGCUCCGUUGCCGACAAGGUUGACUUCGCCCGCAACCUCUUCGAGAAGACCAUUGAGAUCGACUCCGUCUUCGAGAAGGAUGAGGUGAUCGACGUCAUUGCCGUCACCAAGGGUCACGGUUUCCAGGGUGUCACCAGCCGUUGGGGUACCAAGAAGCUUCCCCGUAAGACUCACAAGGGUCUGCGUAAGGUUGCUUGUAUCGGUGCCUGGCACCCUAACCACGUCCAGUGGACUGUUGCCCGUGCUGGUCAGAUGGGUUACCACCACCGUACCUCCUGCAACCACAAGGUCUACCGUAUCGGUAAGGGCUCCGACGAGGCCAACGCCUCCACCGAGUUCGAUAUCUCCAAGAAGCAGAUCACUCCCAUGGGUGGCUUCGUCCGCUAUGGUGAGGUUAAGAACGACUUCGUUAUGCUCAAGGGUUCCGUCCCUGGUGUUAAGAAGCGUGUCAUGACCCUGCGCAAGACCCUCUACCCCCAGACCAGCCGCAAGGCCACCGAGAAGAUCGAGCUCAAGUGGGUCGACACCUCUUCCGAGUUCGGCCACGGUGCCUUCCAGACCCCCGAGGAGAAGCGCGCUUUCUUGGGUACCCUCAAGAAGGACCUUGUUACUUCCGCUUAA